AUGCUCAAUCAGGAUGAAGCUACAUCCACCUGGGCCGACAUAAAAUCGUUUAUUGGGGAUCGGGAUGGCGAGAUUACCGCCGAACAAAUUUGGGGAACCAGGCGCCUUGCCUACCCAAUCCGAAAAGGGAGUUUCAACUUCCUGGAAGGAGCAUAUUACCUCAGUUCAUUCGCAGUAGAGAACGCGUUCAAUAAAGAGUUGGAGACCUAUUUGCGUCUGGAUGAACGAGUAUUGCGUUCGUUGGUAAUCCGAUGCGAUGGCCCGCUGGAAGAUCGACCGGCGCCCGGCCAACUGACGGCUCCGUCCCGCUACAUCCCGCCGGGCCGGGGACGCAGGCCUGAUGGCGGUGGCCCAAUCCCCGAAGCGCCGGGAGGCUCGCCCGACCGAAGACCUGAACCGGCGUUCGCUCCUCCUGUAGCGGCCUCACCGGCGGUUGCCGAACCGGCUGCCGCUCCCGAUGGGUCGGCCCCGCUGAGCGCCGAACCGGCGUCCGCUCCUCUCGUGGCCGCCUCACCGCUUGUCGCUCCCGAUGGGUCGGCCCCGCUGAGCGCCGAACCGGCGUCCGCUCCUCCCGUGGCCGCUUCACCGCUUGUCGCACCCGAAGGGAUGGCCCCGCUGAGCGCUGAACCCACUGCAGAUGCCGGCGCCGAACCGCCUGCCGCUCCUGAUGCGCCGGCCGCUCCUCCUGUGGCCACCGAACCGCCUGCCGCACCCGAUGCGCCAGCCCCGCCGAGCGCCGAACCGCCUGCAGAUGCCGGCGCCGAGCCGACGACCGCAGUAACACCUGAACCGGCUCCGGUGGUUGACACUGAGCCAGCGCCCGCUCCUCAACCGGAGGCAGUUGUCGAAACGCCUCCGGAUGCGGUGGUAGAUGCUGCGGAACCGCCGUCCUCGGAACCAGCGGCCGAAUCCGACACCGACGCCCAGGCGUAG